AUGAAGAGCUUGGCACAAGUCCUCGCACCGGUGCUAUUGUGCAUCGCUUCCUGCUGCGCUGUGUCUCCCAGCGCGCUGUGCGAGGACCUCGAUGCCACAACGAGCGAGGUCAGCCUUCUCCAGACCGGGAAGCUGGGCCUCGUGCAGACUCUGACUUCCCAGACCGGAAGUAAGCAAGCCCAGACUGAGACGAGAGAGACCAACUUUGCAGAAGCGGCCUCUAAGGUCGGCUUAGGAGUUCCGGUGGCCGUCAUCCUGGGCUCCUGCAUCGCUAUCUUCAUCCUGGGCAAGACCGCAGCCUCCGUCAAGGAGUACGCUGCUUAUGCGGCUGAGUUUGCUGGCACCUUUGCGCUGGUUUUCACCGUUGGCUGCUGUGUGGCCACCGGGAGCGGCGUUUGGAAUGCCACCGCCAUUGCCUGUGUGCUCAUGGUCAUGGUCUAUGCCACAGGGCCCAUCUCGGGGGGGCACCUCAACCCGGCCGUUACCCUUGCCCUCGCCUUGGCAGACAAGUUUGAUUGGGAGCAGGUGCCGGUGUACUGCGCCACACAAAUCGUCGCCGGCAUCGCGGCGGGCAGUUGCACCGCCUCGCUGCUCAGUGCUCCCGAGCCCCUGGCACCCGCUGGCGACUUCACCUGGUCCUACGCCUGCGUCGUGGAAACCAUCUACACUUUCAUGCUCUGCUUCGUGGUCUUGAACUGCGCAGCCUCCAUUCGCAACAAUGAGGCGAAAGAUGGCAACCAAUUCUUCGGCCUCGCCAUCGGCUUUGUGAUCAUCGCUGGUGGCUAUGCUGGUGGGCCUGUCUCUGGCGGAUGCUUCAAUCCGGCCGUGGCCUUCGGCGUGGACUUCUCCAGCAAGGCAGGCCUUGGCUGGAGCUUCGCAUGGGUUGGCUUUGAGAUGGUGGGAGCUGCCCUAGCCGCGUUGGCUUUCCGCGUGGUCCGCCCCGAGGAUUACGGCGGGGACAGCAGCCUCAGCCCUUACGAGCCACCUCUCUACGUGAAACUCGUCAGCGAGUUCCUGGGAGUCUUCAUGCUUGUCCUCACCGUCGGCCUCAACGUCGUCCUUGGCUCGGCCUCUACCGCCUGGUCGGCUGCAGCAGCCCUGAUGUGCAUGAUCUAUUCCCUGGGAGAUGUUUCGGGCGCGCACUUCAACCCCGCAGUGUCCCUGGCCGUCUGCCUUCGUGGCAAGUGCAGUGUGCCGGAUCUCCUGACCUACAUCCCUGUUCAGCUAUUGGCCGGUGCAUCUGCCGGUGCAAUCGUGAGCAUGUUCCAUCAGCUCAGUUCUGGCAAAGAUGCGGCCCACUUCCUUCAACCCGGCAAGGACCACACCCUUGCGCAGGCUGGGGUCGCAGAGAUGAUUUUUACGUUUGUUCUUUGCUACGUGGUCUUGGCUACUGCCACCACUGCGAAGCCAGAAUCUCAGCAGACGAAGCAGAACUUCUAUUUCGGCUUGGCCAUCGGCUCCUGCGUCACGGCCGGAGGCAUUGCCUCCGGGGCAAUUUCCGGCGGUGAGCUGAACCCUGCUGUCAGCACUGGACUGGCCAUGGCCAGCUCCAUGUUCUCCCCCGAGGGCGCCACCAUCGCCGAGGGCUCGACAUGGGGUAACCUGCUGCGUUUCAGCGCCUACGAGCUCGCAGGCGGUUUGCUGGCAGCGCUGCUGUUCCAGGUGACCCACCCCAAGGAGUUGGGCAAAUCGGGCAUGUGGAUCUCCUGCUUCGCUGCGGAAUUCCUGGGCACCUUCGUUUUGGUCUUCACCGUGGUCUGCAACGUGCUGGCCGGAGACCCGAACUGGUCGCCCACGUCCAUUGCCUGCUCGCUUAUGGUGAUGAUCUAUGCGACCGGUGGAGUGUCCGGAGGCCACCUGAACCCCGCUGUGACGUUUGCUGUUACCCUCGUCACGAACGAUUGGUCUGGCAAGUUCUUGGGCUACUGGCUCUCACAAGUUUUGGGCGGUGUCGCCGCAGGUUUCGCAGCCUGCAGCUUGCAUACGACCGUUGCCAACAUCGAGGCCAAGGCCCCCUACCAGACCUCCCAUGCCCUCAUGGCCGAGCUUAUCUACACCUUCAUGCUGGCCUUUACGGUGCUAAGUGUGGCGGUGUCAAAGCGAAACAAUUCCAGCAAAGAUGGAAAUAACUUUUACGCUCUUGCCAUCGCCUGGACCAUCGUCGCCGGAGGCUAUGCUGUCGGCGGUGUCUCUGGCGCAGCUUUCAACCCAGCUGUGGCCAUCGGCCUUGAUAUCUCCAGCUACAGCGCAGGGGUUGGCAUGGGCUUCCUUUGGGCCCUCUUCGAGCUCCUGGGAGGAGGCCUCGCUGCCGCCAUCUUCCGAUUGCUCCGACCCGAAGAGUCCUUGGAGGGCCCAGCGCUGGAGAGCUAUGAACCAUCGAUUCUCGUGAAGCUGCUCAGUGAGUUCCUGGGCGUCUUCAUGCUUGUCCUGACUGUGGGCUUGAACCUGGUGAACGACUCUCCUGCCACUGCUUGGUCUGCUGCUGCAGCCUUGAUGUGCAUGAUCUAUUGCUUGGGCGACAUCUCCGGCGCUCACCUCAACCCUGCUGUAACGAUGGCCGUUGUGGCCAGCGGCCGGAAGUUGUGCUGCGGCCUGACAGGUGUCGCUUAUGCUGCGACGCAAUAUCUCGCUGGCGCGGCAGCCGGCCUCGUCUACUCGGUUUUCCAUGCUGCAGGGCCGAAGGCCGACUCAUACGUCGGCCUGGCUCCAGGUAAGGGCUUCUCGCUUGCCCAGGCUGGCCUUGCAGAGCUUGCUGCAACUAUGUUGCUGGCCUACAUCGUACUCAGCUGUGCCACUGUUCCCCCGGCGGGCGGCAAUACCAAGACAAAGAACAGCUUCUACUUUGCAUUGGCCAUCGGUUCGUGCGUGACGGUCGGCGGCUUCGCCAUCGGUGCCGUGUCUGGAGGCGAGCUGAACCCAGCAGUGGCUCUGGGCAUCUCGACGGCCAGCACCAUGCAUCACCCCGAUGGCAUGGAGAGCGAGUCCUUCUCCAACUUUGUUCGCCUUGGCAUCUUUGAAGUCUCAGCGGGCCUUGCCGCCGCGGCUGCCUUCAAGGCGAGCCACAGCCAGAUCUAUGCCGAUAUGGCUGUGGAAACUGGCAAGUAA